AUGGCGACUGAAGCAGCAGCUGCGGAGUCUUCCAAACCCAAAUCACAGAGCAAGAUCCGGAAGCGCGCUCCCAAGGCGUGGAGAGCUUCGAGAUUUCGGCGAGCUCAGCAGAGAGAUGACGCCCCGAACGCAGACACCGCAGAGGCGUCCUAUCCGCCGUAUGGCGCCGAGUCUGGAGAGCAUACUCACGAUGUCGACCCCAUUGCAGCAACAGGCAGCGACGGCAAGACAAUACCAUUGACUGAGCCCAAUGGCCAGCAUCACGGUCACGACCACUCUCACAGUGACGAAUCAUCGCCAUUGGCUGCGGACAAUGACCGACAGAAGAGCCCGACGGCGCACAAGAACACUUGCCGGCAUGACCACGGCAGCCAUGGACACACGGCCAAGCCCUCGACCGCAACAGGAGCGAGCUUCGAGUCUCUCCCGGCCGGUUCAUUACCUCUGAAUAGCGCCACUGGAGGACAGCUAUCUGCCGACCAACGGCACCUCAACCUGGACGUCACCUUCUCGUUCUACCCUUUCCUGGCCCUGGGCAACCUUCACAACAUCCCUCCCCAAGAUGUCAACUUUCUAGAGCUUCAGGGCUGUCUGAGGAUACCGACGCGUGCGAUCCUCGACGAGUUUGUACAGCAGUACUUUCUCCACGUACAUCCCCUCCUUCCAAUGCUCAACGAGGGAGACUUCUGGGACGUGUAUUGCAUGAACCCGAGCAGUAUGCCAAGCGACCGACUGUCACUACUUCUGUUUCAAGCGAUGCUCUUCGCUUCAUGUAAUUUCGUGUCCCGCCAAACAAUCAAGACUCUGGGCUUCGCCACAAUACGCGCCGCCCGCGCUGCGUUCUACAGACGCGCAAAGCUCCUCUACGACCUUGAAUCCGAGUCCUCGCCCCUCGCCAUCUCCCAAGCCGCCCUCCUCCUCUCCUUCUGGUCCCCUCCCUCAUCGCCCGCCUUGCGGAAACAAAACACCGCCUGGCUCACCAUCGCCAUCCAGAACGCGAAGACCGUCGAGGCGCACCACUACGCAACCCGCACCGCGCCCCCUAAGAAGCGCAACCUGCUCAAGAGGCUGUGGUGGUGCUGCAUCAUCCGCGACCGCAUCGUCGGCCUCGGCAUGCGCCGCGGCGUCCAGAUCACCCGCAGCCACUUCGACUUCGACGCCAACGGCAUCCUGGGGUACUCGGAUUUCGCGGACGAGAUCGAGCGGAGCAGGGUGUACAACCCCGGCACGAAGCGGUGCCUCGCCGAGAUCCUGGAGCAGCUCGUCGAGCUGUGCGUCGUGCUGACGGAUAUCCUCAUCUUGGUGUUCCCGCUGGACGACAGUCCCGGUUGGGGCCGGGAGAUGCGCGCCGAGGAGCAGGACCGGGUCCGCGGAUGUAAGAUGGCCCUGCGGAGGUGGUACAAGGGCGCUACGCUCAGAUUCCCCAUGUUCGGGGGCGGUUCCGUCGCGAGGAUGAAGUCGCCAGGGAAUGAGUUCCAGCAUGAUUCUGUGAUCUUGUACACCAACCUGAUGUACAUGUACUAUCACUCUUCACGCGUGGUUCUCAGCCAUCACGAAGUCCUACACCUCGCAAUCACGGCCGCCGCCCCUUCAUUCAGCGCCAUACCCACAUCAGACCUCGUCAUCAUCGGAGAGAACCGACAUGAGCUCCAAGACGCAGCGUCCGGCGUCACAGAAUGCUUAAAAGAACUCAUUCAUCUGAGGCUAGCCCGCUGGCUGCCCAUCAGCGCCGUCGCAUGCACCGCCCUGCCCCUGGUCCUACAUAUCCUCGACGUGAAGCUCUCCGCCUCGUCGCGUUCAUUCGACCCGAACACGCAAUCGGCGCUGAAGCAGCACCGCCUCAACAUCCUCAUCGAAGCCAUGAAGACGUACCAGCCGCAAUACGACGGCGUCGACUGGGUCAGCGAGACGAUACGGCACAUCGUCAACCUGGCACAGAUAGAUUCGGCAACUGGGGAGGCUCCUGCCAGCGCGAAUGAGGGCGGCGCCGUGAUCGCGGACUGGACGGACAUCCUCGCGUCGCAGCCCAGCUCAUACCUCCGUCUGGCCUUGACAAUGGACCUCUCGCUCAGCAAGGGGCGUCUUCCCGAGGACGGCGACUUUCCGGUCAGCCUCCGCGGCCUGUUCACAGGCGGUUUCAACCCGCUCAAGGCGCUCCUCGAAAGGAAACGGAACGAGAGCAGGGCGGGUCUCGGCGCUCUCGGCGGCCUUGGAUCUACAGCGUCGAUGAUGGACUUUGAAACAGGCACGCUGCGGCCCGGCCUCUUCCGCAUGGAACCGGGCACGGUGACGGUCAUCCCCUCCGACGAAGACAGCAACUCGCCUACGUCGCAGAGCCAAGACAGCGCGACGGACGGGACCUCCCCGCGCGGGACCGGCGCCGGGGGCGACGUGAGCAUGGCGGACCGGCCACCCUCAGAAGGAAUCGACGGGCUGGCCGCGGAGGUGCUGGCGGCGUUCCCGCUGGACGACCAGUCCGUCAGCGUGGAGGGCGACUUUGACGGCAUGUAUUUCGACGGGAUGCCCGGGCACGACGGGCCGAAUGGUUGGAUCGAGACGGCGUGGGGGGAGCUCACGCACGGCGGGGAUGACAGGACGGAUCGGGAUACGGCGCGGGUGUUGCUUGAGGCGCUGCGGGAGGGGGACUUGGCUGAGUGUGCUGCGUGA